CAGGCGGAUCUCUCCGUGAGUGGUUUUACCUCAGCAGCAGCAGCAGUUUCCAGAGUUCGGGUCUCGGGGUGGAGAACCGAGGAACGGACCGUCUCUUCGGCGCACACAGGACUUUCCUUCCGAUCAGUUUGUGCGGAUCGAUCGGAGCUGAUCAGAUCUGAUCGAUGGAUUAGAGGCUGCUGAAGAGACAUGGACGGUGCGUGUGCGUGGCUGGUGUGUGCGUUCGUGCUGAGUGUCGGGGCUCACAGUUCACGUGACAGGAGUGACCACGUCCACCCGGACCAUCGUCCGGUUUCCAAUGGCAACGCAGCCUCAGAUCUGUGUGUGAUAGACCGGCAGCUCUGCCAGGAUGAGAACUCCCUGCUGAGCUUUGAGGCGAUCUGCAGCAUCCACAAGCUGAUGGACGACGACGCCGACGGGUCGGUGGACGUGGCGGAGACGGACGAGUUCCUCAGGGAGGAUCUGAAGGAUCACGACUCCAAAGCCAAACACAGCAGCUUCCACCGAGCCGACCUGCACAUCAGCGUGGAGGACAUGUGGGCCGCCUGGAAGAGCUCCAGAGUGUAUACCUGGACGGUGCAGCAGGUGGAGGACUGGCUGCUCGUCAGCGUGGAGCUUCCUCAGUACGCAGAAACCUUCAGGAGACACCAGCUAGACGGAAAGGCCUUACCCAGGCUGGCGGUGAAGAACACCACCCUGACUGCGUCCGUGCUGAAGGUGUUAGACCGAAGUCAUGCUCAGAAGCUGCAGCUCAAAGCCCUGGACAUCGUGCUGUUCGGCCCGCCGCCAGGCCAACAGUACUGGUGGAAGGAUCUUGUUCUGGGUGUGUCCAUCCUGAUGGCGCUGGGCGGCUGUUGGUUCGCCUACGUCCAGACCAGGAAGUCCAGAGACGACCUGGGCAAGCUGAUGAAGGACCUGGAGGGUCUGCAGAGGGCCGAAGAGAGCCUGAUGGACCUGCAGGAGAAGCUGCAGAAGGCUCAGGAGGAGCAGCGCUGCGUCCAGGUGGAGAAGGUGAAGGUGGAGGAGGAGCUGAGGAGCGAGAUCGACUCGGCCAAGCAAGAAGCUCAGCGGCUCCGAGAGCUUCGAGAGGGAACCGGGAAUGAGAGGAGCCGGCAGAAAUACGCAGAGGAGGAGCUGGAUCAGGUGCGUAUGGCGUUGAAGAAGGCGGAGAGGGAGCUGGAGUCGCGGGCUCACUGGGCGCCACCGGAGGCUCUGCAGAAGUGGCUGCAGCUGACGCAUGAGAUCGAAGUUCAGUAUUACAACAUCAAGAAACAGAGCGCAGAGAGGCAGCUGCAGCAGGCCAGGGAGGGGGCUGAGAAGAUCAAGAAGAAGAGGAGUUCUCUGUUCGGGACAUUUCAUGUGGCUCACAGCUCCUCGCUGGACGACGUCGACCACAAGAUCCUCGCCGCCAAACAGGCCCUGGCCGAGGUGACGGCCGCCCUGCGGGAGAAGCUGCACCGCUGGCAGCAGAUCGAGUCUCUGACGGGGUUCUGUGUGGUCAAUAACCCGGGCCUGGGAGCGCUGGCCGUCGCCCUCAACCUGGACCCGUCCUUCCUCGGCCUGCGACCUCCGACCCCUCAGCACCUCCUCCUCUCCGAUGACCUCGACGACAUGGACGAGGACAUCCUGUCUCCUGGGACGCUGCAGUACGCAGCAUGGCAGAUGGACCGGCGAGUGAGCGACCUCUGGCCCCUGAGUGGCAUCGCAGACAACCAAUCACCAUGGAAACAAUCUGCUCAGAGCCCGAUGCCCCUGCGACAGAGGAUAGGAGACCCUGCUCUGACCUUCAGCUCUCAGAGGGACAUCAUGAACCGCUCAGACUCUGACUCCGCCCUCCCUCACUCUCACAGCGAAUCACGAGGCCUGUACAGCACCAAGCCCCUCCUCCUUUCCUCCAGGCUCCAGCCCCUGCAGGGUCAGGGCUCCGGGGCUGGUGGAGGAGGCCUGGAGAAGUGCUCCAGCCUCGGGGAGCUGAGGGGGAACCCGGGUGCCUUCCUCGCCUCCUCCUGCUCCACCCGCUCCCUAUGCAUCACGUCCGACGCCGUCGACGGCCCGCUCUCGAACAGGAGGAGCCCCAUGGAGGAGGACGGAGGUGACGAGAGCGAGUCAACCGGCAGCCGGAGGAGAAACGCUUUUAAUAAGAUCUUUAAGAAGAAGCAGGGACGUCACUGAACCGGGAAGAUCUUCUGAUCUCCAACUUGCUUUUAUGUGCUACCGACUCGUGAUGCGAUCUUUAUAUUCAUCGUGAUGAACGAUCACAGGAAACGUCUGUUUUUAACGCUUCACUCAUUUGCUUUUUUUAUUCAAGCAGUGCUUUCUGAUCUUUUCUCUUCGUUAAACUGAGAUCAAAUUCGAUCUCACUGAAGCAAAACGUACAACACAGGACACAACGCCCAGCGGACAUGGUGCCGAGUCCUACAACGACCAAACAAACCAACAAAGAAGAACAAGAGCAGCACUGAAAAAGAAUGUGAAAGUGAAACUUUGGACUCAGGACUUUUUCUUUUUAAGACAAACUAGGACAGAAGGUGAUCUCCUAGCUGGAUGUAGUUUUAGAGAAAAUAAUCACCUGUUGAAUUCAGCAUCUUUAAAUUUGACAAUUUCCUUGCCAAAAAGUCUCUUGUUGUGAUUCUUCUUUUCUUUCAGGGUAGAAAACUAUCUCGGGGGAAGAAAACCUCCUUCUGGCCUCUAUGAAACCAGCAACGUUUUUUAACACGAUCCUUUGUGUUUAAAAUGUCAUCGAUAGGACUAGCAGAUGAGAUUAAGCUUGGUUGCUAAGAGUCCCAUGUUUUCAUUGUUAUUGUUUAUAUUAUUUUUGUGUAUUUAAUUCCUAAGGCCUACACUUGAAUAACAAUUGAAUGUUUUUUAAGUGUCCCAGUUUGACAGCAGCGCCUGGGAAAAUGUGGUUUGAGUCAAUGUGUGUUUGAGGACGAGUCGUUUAAGCCUGAAACGGUUCAUCGAGGAACUCAAAUAACUCGAUAACUUGCACACCGUUUCGCACGGACGAUUAUUACUGUCGCACAACGCGCGGACGCUGUAGACAAGUGAAAACAUCGUGAUUUGAUGGCGCAGAUUGCAAAAUAGAGGAAGAGAGAGAAAAUAGCGAGGGACGAAGAAGAGACAGGCCAGAGAAGAAGACAGAAAGCGUCCAAAGGCUGGGAGGUCAGGACUCGUCGAAUAGAAAAGAAGAGUAUGGAAACCAGGUGAAGUUUGUUUCACGGCUGUUAACUCCGUGUCACAGCCUGGAUUUCUCCCAGAUCAUUUGGAGAGCUAAUUUAUGCAGAUGUUUCAUAGUUUGAUCACCUGAAAAUCACCAAAGAUGACGAUGCAGUUCGUAGCGCUAAGAACUGACCGUCUGUCCAGCGCGUCCGUUACUGUAGGCGAAGUUAGGGACCGUCUGAAGAGCUCAGUACGAUCCAUUUCAGUCAUCAAUCUUCUAUAUUUUCUCACUAUAAAAAUCUCAAACCAGACUGAGACCACCCUGAAACAAUUCGCACCUGAGAGUUUGUAAAAAGAAAAUUAAGUAAUGUAUUAAAUAAUUGAUGAGACACAGUGCAAGGUUGUAAUUUCAACAACGAGUCAGCUCAUUUCUGAAUAUUCUGACAUCAAACCACCUCAUCUGUCCUGGACAGCCUCUCACAACUUUCACAGCUGUCAGUCGUUCUUUGUAAAUGUUCAGAUGUUGUAUGUUGAAGUACAUGGGAUUUAUUUAUUCAUUAUCAUCCUCAGUGGAAUUUUACUGGCAUCAGUAAAUUCCUGGUACCGUGGCUAAGAGAAAACAGCAGCUCUGCACAGCGAGUCUGCUGUAAAACAGAACCAGCCGACCGCAACAGAACCACGGCUUCAACAUCUGAACGGAAAACAAAACCAGCUAACUUUAGCAUUUAACAUAAAGCGUGACUGAAGGCUAGCAAAGGUAAGGCUCAGCUCUUAGCUGUCAAUGUAGAAACAUGCGUUUGUUGUUCUCAGACUGGUUAGUCCGUGAGUUCGGGUUGGAACGUUGACAGUGACAUGAGAUUAUACAGCUGAUCCUGGUACCGGGGGCGCCAAGUAGAAGGAUUUCAUAUCCGAUUACUCGAUGAAUCAGCGGAAUAAUCUGUAAAAUAUUCGAUGACUAAAAUAAUUCAAAAACAUAUUUAAUGUUUCUUCUGUGUAAUAGAGCGUUUAAGCUACUUAGAGUAGCAUCAUGAGGGGAUGAGAUGUUUGGAUUAUAAUUAAAAAUGAUGCAGAAGGUAAAUUAUUAGAAAGUGUCCCACUUUACCGAUAUUCACCCUGUGUGUGUUCGUGUGUGUGAAUAUAUACAAUCUACCUUUCAAAUGAGGUACUUUGGGCCACUUUAUGACCAGUUUUGAAUGUUUUUUUUUUAUAAUUAAAUAUGGUGUUGCUAUUAUCAAUGAGGCUAGAAAUGUUUUAUAUUUUAUAUGCACUGUAUAGUACUUUGCUAUUUCAAUAAACUCACUCUGGGAAGUCUGA